GCGGCAGCACCGGAUCGGGAUCGGAGCCGGGAUUCGGAUCGGGAUCGGAGCCGGAGCGGGUGAUGUGCCAUGGCUGAUCCUCUCUCCAAGUCCGACCUCGUUGCAGCCUUGGCUCUCUUUGCUGGUGACCCAACCUACUUUCAGCUGGAUCAUGGAACCUUUGGACAGACGGUGCCGUGUAAACCUAAAACAGGGGUGGAUCCGUGCGAGGUUUGGUGCUCGCUGCCGGUGCCGCAGCUGAGGGAGAUUUGCAACGUGAUCAAAAUCCGCAUCUUCUGGUGCGCGCUGUUCACCAGGGAGAGCACGGCCUUCCUGGACACCUUCUGUUUGAUGUUCCUGGACUGGGACAUGAAGAAAGUUUACGAGUUCAAUGUCAUGGAAGACCUUGCUGAUUUAAUUAAAAAAGUCGUUAACAUUCCCCAUUUCAUCAGCGGCAUCCUGAGGAUCGGCGCUGGGAUAGAAAAUGGGCUGUUCCCCCUCGGGGAGGCGCUGGACUGGGUGCGCUGUGUGGGGGAGCCGCGGAUGCUGCAGGACCUGGAGCAAAUGGGCGACUUCGGCCGCGUCAUCCUGGCCAUGUUCUUCUCCGAGUGGAAGCGCUACAUCACCAAGGUGGCCCUGGAGGAUUUCGAUCUGGUGGCCGAUCUCCGGGCCGUGACCUGCGCGAGCUCCAGGAAGAAGAGCGAGGCCAUGAAGCAGAGAGGAAACGCUGAAUUCUCCCAGGGCGCCCUGGGCUCGGCCAUCGUGUCCUACAGCAAAGCCAUCGAGUUCUGCCCUACCAACCACCUGCUGUACGGGAACCGAGCCCUGUGCUUCAUCCUCACCCGGCAGUACGGGAGAGCUGUCCUUGAUGGGAAAAGAGCCAUAGUUCUCAAGCCUGACUGGCCAAAGGGUCACCACCACUACUGCAAGGCGCUGGCGCUGCUGGGCAAGGCGGAGCUGGCGCUGGCGGCCAACGAGAGGGCGCAGGAGCUGUGCCAGGGCAGCCCCGAGGGGCUGCGGGAGCUCGAGCAGCAGAACGAGAAACUCAGGAGGAGCUGCCAGGACAGCCUGGGUACUGAGCAUAAACAGAAGGCGAGGAAGGCUCUGCUUGAGAAAAGGGACCGAAGUUCCUCCAAAUCCCCUCCAGGAACUCCCCAGGAGCAGAAAGGAGCAGAGAGGGAGAGGAGGAGGAGCCGGGAGGAGCCCAAACCCCCCCGGGGGGCCGAAAACCAGGAGAGAGACGAGGUGACUGAGCCCCAGAGAGCAGAAGGCAAAUGUUCCACGCUGGAGCAGCCUCCAAACCAAAGCCAGCAAAGCAAACGAAAGGCAAAACCCAAAACUAGUGACUAUGAAAAAAUGAGGGAUCCUGUGGAUCUGAAGAGGGAAAAAGCCGCGGAGGAUCGAAGUUUCUGUGCGGUGCCGCAGGUGGAUUUCAGCCGCCUGCCCGAGGCUGUGAAGGUUCUGGCGCGCGACGGCUGCCGGGCCCUGCAGGAGCAGCAGUGCCAGGGCGCCGAGCUCGCCUUCUCGCAGCUCCUCAGCGUCCUCUGCAGCUCGGGGCUGGCGUAUAUGAAUAAUGUGAAUAUUCUUAAUAUUAAUUAUGUUAUAUUCCUCUAUGGCCAUGCCACUGCGCUCCUGGGAAUGGGACAUCCUGAGGCACUGGCAAAAGCCGAAGUUCAGUUUAAGAAAAUAAUCGAGCAGUAUCCAGAGGAAAGUUGUUCUUGUUUGGCGCACUACGGGAUCGGACGGGUGUACCUCCGGCAGAACAGGUUUGUUCAUGCCCUCGACCAAUUCCUGAGGUCAAAGCUGAUGAUUGAUUUCAAUAUUGUCCCUGGUUUGACCUGGCCAGGAACAACUCAGGUCAUCGAGGAGACGCGAAUAGAGAAUUUACAGAUGGCUUUAAGGAAUUAUAUUGAGGAAUGUAAAUUCCCCCCAAAGCCAGAUGCUGUUUGUCGAUAUCAGCAGUGCCAUGGCUACUCCAAAAUCCAAAUAUAUUUUACAGACCCAGACUUUAAGGGUUUUAUACGUGCUAUCUGCUGUCAGCAGUGUAGAGUGGAAUUCCACAUCAGCUGCUGGAAAAAGCUGAAAACAGCGAGCUACAGUGAUAAAAAUGAUAAGGAUUUCCUUAAGGAAAUGUGUUUUACUCCUGAUUGUAAAGGCCUUAUUUCCAAAAUAGUUAUUUUCAGUCCUCCUGGGGUGGUAAAAUGUGAAUUUGAACAAAAAAUCCCAAAACUGAAGGAACCCCCAAGGGCCUGUAUAAAACAGAAAUGCACCAGCCUCAGGAACAUCAAGAUAAAGCAAGAAAAGAAGAAGUGGCGAAAAGAGGCGCGAGCGAAGGCCGGGAGCUCGGCCAGGAGGGAGGCUGAGGAGGAGCAGGAGGGGCGCGAGCGGCCCCAGGGCGGCCAGCACAGGGGUCCUGGCCAGGAUUUGUACGCCGGGGACCAAAUCCUGCAGCACAUCCGGCGCAAUUCCGAGAAGAUCAAAGCCGCUGUCCCCGACACUGCCAAAUUAUUGAAGGAGUUGCUGGCCUGGGGGGUGAUCGGAGAGGAGGAUUUCAGCUCUUAUUCCCAAAUCCACGCUCCCCAGGAGGUGCUGGAGCGGCUGCUGAGCUCCGUGAUCCAGGAGCGGAGCCGGGUGCGGAGCCGGGGCUUCCUGCACGUGCUGAGCCAGCUGGGAGAGGCGGAUGCCAAAGUGCUCAAGUGGCUGCAGCACCUGGAUCACCGCGGUCUGACAGCCACAAAAGAUUUUCUCCUUCGAUAUGGCCAAGUUCUGCAAGAGCUUGACUUUUCUGUUUUAACCCCGCUGUAGCAGAAAUACGGCGGUAAAUUUGAUACCGUGGCAGCUGAGGGCGGAAAGAAAGAAAUUUGUGAUUAUUUCCUCGCCCCUCCCCUGGAGAAAUCGCGGUGUUUUAUUUGGCUUUUGGAAGAAAACAGAGAACAUUUCCCACAGCUCCACCGAGCUUUAGAUGAAUUCUUCGAUAAAAUGGAUGACCCAACCAUUAUAUUAAAGAAGCAGGGAAAUGAGAAUUUAUCAAAUAAUGAAAUCAAAGUUAAAAAUAAAAACAGGAAGAAGAAUUUGAAAGAUUCAAAGUCUAUUUUAGUAUUAUCCAGUGGAGUUAGUACAGCACCACGAGAAGAAGAGAAGAUAUUUAUAGAAGAAAAUAAUGUAGAUUUUCCAAAUGAAAAUCCCUUUGUAGUCCCAGAACAUCUCCAGGAUCAACUGGAGGAAUUCGAAGCUCGUUAUAAUAUUGCAAAUAGUAACAAUUAUCAGAUUAAUAAUAAUAAUAAUCCAGAUCCAAUCUCUGAGAAUUUAUAUGAUUAUUUCUCUCAAAUCUUGGAAGAACAUGGCCCUCUGGAAAUUAAUAAUAAAUUGCUGAUUGGGGAAUAUGAAAAUUUCCCUGAGGAGACGCGGAAGGUGGUGGAAGAUGGGGGCGGCCUUGAGGCCUUCCUGCUGAAAUCCCUCCGGUUCAUCAUGCUGGAUAACCUGAUUGGCCUGAAGAAGCACUCGGCCCUUUUUGAAGGAGAUCCAAGCAGAAAUGAAAUUAAAGAUGAAAAUCCACCUGGGGAAUGCCCGGGGAAUCCUGCCCACAGCAAGCCGCCCCUCAAUCCCUAUGCCCAGGAGUUCAAACCUCUCUCGUACCCCGUGGGUGCCCCUUUGGCAGCAGCUCCAGAAUUCUCAGAUUAUCACACCCAGCAGUAUUUCCCCUGCUCCUUCCCUGCUCCCUGCGCUCCUGGAAAUCCUCUAAAAAACGAAAAUAUUGAUUCCAUGGAAAGCCAGGCUCCGUUUUCAGGUGUUUUACUGAAAGGCUUCGAGCCUGCAGGCCCGGCUGUGUUUUUGCCUCAGAGCUCCUGGGGUUAUCAGUAUGGAAUAUUGCCCCUGGCACAGGCCGGGUUUAUUUAUGCUGAUCCUGCAGCUCCUCAGGAACGUCUGCACUCAGCAAUCCCAGCUGGGAAAUGCAGCCCUGAGCUUUUCGUGCCAGGUGAAAUCCAGGAGUACAAAGGCCCUUGGGGCCAAGUGGAGAACUUGGAUAAAAAGGAUUCUGCUUUACCAAAUGGCUCGGAUGAAGCUGAGGGUGAUAAAUGUGUUAAAAAGGAAAAAGGAAAGAAAAAUCAAGACGGGAUGAAGGGCAGUCCUCACACAAAGAUGGUGGCAGUGCAGGUAAAUCAGGAAGUUGCUAAUAGGGAAACCAAUACUUUGCCUUUCCAUCCAUUUGAAAAUCAACAAGGCGACAUUCUCCGCGUGGAGAAGGAGCACCGGGUGCUGCAGGAGCAGCUCAGGGAGGCACAGCUGAAAUCGGAGCAGUCCCGGAGCAGGAGCUUGGAGGAAAUCGCGGCUCUGGAAGGGCUCCUGAAGAAAAGCCUUGAGGAGACUCAGGUGUCCCAGAAUGAGCUGGAUUGGUUCCACCGCGACUCAGAGGCACAAAUGAAGAAAUGGCAGCAGGAGAAGAAGGAAAAUCGAGAGAAUUUAAAAGCGCUGAGGGGCACAGCCAGGAAACACUCGGACACCAAUGAGAGGUAUUUGAGGAGCAUUGAUGAGAAGGAAAAGCAAUAUAAUGCAAGUGUGAAGACAUUUCUGAAGGCCAGUAAGAAAUUUGCUAAUGAGAAAGGCAAACUGGAGGAGCUGAUAAAAAAGAGUCAGAAUGACAGCCAGGAGUGUGAGAGAAGAGCUGUGGCAGCAGAGGUCUCCGUGCUGCAGAGCUGGAAGGAAACGGAGGGCUGGAGGCUCAGGGGCACCAUUGCCAAGGCAGAGGGAAACCUGCGCGUGCUGCAGGCGCUGGGCAGCAGCUCAGCUCCUGCAGCUCCUGUGUUGAAGUCCCAGAUUGAUUCCUGGGAAAUAUUUAUUUCAAAUGUCAAGAAACAACUGGAAAAAGUCGAGGCCGAGUAUGAGGAGAAGAUGGCGCUGGUGAGGACGGGGGCCCGGGGCUGCCUCAGCAAAGUGGAAGUUGUGGAUUUUCCCUGGCCCCAGGGCUUUGUGGCAAUGCCGCUCAGAGCUCCCAUGUGUGACCCUGCCAUCGUCACCUGCUCCUCAGCACCUGCACCUCCCAGUGCCCCCCCGGCAUUUCCCAGCUCUGAUGGAAAAGCUCCAGCCCAGCCUCCCCUGCAGGCUCAGAGCGGAGCCAGGGCAGCGCCUGAGGCUCCUCCUGCCCCUGGGAAAGCUCCAGACAAAGAUCCCAGAGCUCCAGAGCGAUCACAUCCCGCUAAAAUCCCACCCUCCUGCCCACCAGGAGCUUCUGGCAGUAACUCCCAGCACGUCCAGCCCAGCCAGGAUCCCUCAGCUCUGCAAGCGAGGCCGCCUGCAAUCCCAACCAACAAAAAGCUUCCCAAAAAAAUUGGAAAUAUUUUAGCGAGGCUCCAGAGCAUCUUCCCAAACUGCAGCAGCUCGGAGCUCAUGGCCUCCAUCGUGGAGGUGCAGAGGAGAAACGGGAGCAGCCUGGGCCCCGAUGAAAUCCUCAGCAAGGCCACGGAGCUCAUCCUGGACCAGCAGCUCAAGGCCCCUGCAGCAGGCAGAGCCCUGCACUCCCCAGGCCCUGCUGCCCCCGCCCGGGCCAGGGAAGCGCCCUCGGAUGGAAUCGGCCGCGGCUCUGCCCGGGCAGCACCUGCCCCCAAACCCUCCGGUGGUAAAAACCCCUCCCAGCCAAACCUGCAGCCCUGGGGCAAUGCUGGAGCAAUCCCUAAAGCCAAGUGGAGGAAGCAGGACAGUGCUGCCUGCAGUGAGGAUCCCUGCAGCAUCUGUCACGAUGAGCUGAGCAGGGACUGCUGUGAGCUCGAGUGUGGCCAUCACUUCCACAGAGAGUGCAUCCGGACGUGGCUCCGGCAGCACUCCAGCUGCCCCAUCUGCCGCGUGCACGCCCUGCUGCCCGAGGACUUCCCCGAGCUGCCGGCCUGGAACAAGCCCAGCUGAGCCUCCCUCCCUCCUCCUGCACAGCUCCAGCUGGGAAGGGGCUGCAGCAGCGCUGGGGGACA